GAAAUCAAAUGAGAAAUUCGAGAAAAAGGUCCCGAAAGUGUAUUUUUAGUCGUCAAAAUUUCAUCCAGAAAAGUAAAAUACGUCCGUUGUGAAAACGGAAAAAUGUCAUCGGAAGAUGCAAAAUCCUAUCUGGCCAAAAGAGAGGUACCAAGAUUGUUUGAGAGUUUAAUGACUGGAUUGAUGUUCCAUCGUCCUGACGACCAUCUUGAUUAUCUCAUCGAAUGUUUAAAAAAGGUGAAAGCAGAUAAAAAAUCACAUAUAACCUGGGAUACAUUUGUGGAUAUUAAAAAAAGAAGCCCUCUACCUCCAAUUUCUCCAGAAAAUGGCAAAACUAGAAAUGACAGACCAUCAUCAAGAGGUCAACCUGGUAGUCGACCUCAUUCAAGUGGUAAAAUCGGAUCCAGAGAAAAACGUCCUGAAUCUAGGGAACAUAGACCACAAUCUAAAGGUAGUCGAAGAUCUUCUCGUAGCGAUAAGACAGACAUCAAAUUAGAUCCUCAUGUUGGUCAAGUUACAGCCAAACUGUUAGAGCAUGAGGAUACAGCUGAGCCUAUUGUAUUAAAUGAACAAUCACCACUUCCACCUAUCACACAGAAAUUACAGCUACCAGAUGUACCUAUUGUUUUAAUCAUAGGUGGUCCAGGAAGUGGUAAAUUAACACAGGUAAAAAGAUUAGUUGAUCGUUAUACCGGUUGGGUACAUCUAUCAAUGGGGGAUCUUUUACGAGAUCAGAUUGGUGAUAAAGGAACAGCUGAAAUGAAAUGGGGAAUGGUCAAUGAUUUAAUUUCUAAGGGUGAAAUGGCUCCAGAGGAUGUGACGGUAGAAUUACUGUUAGAGAAUUUAAAGAGACAUGAUAACGCAGCUGGUUUUAUUGUUGAAGGUUAUCCUAGAGACAUGAGGCAGGUAGCAGAACUAGAUAAACAUAUUAACCGAGUGGAUUUAGUUAUUGUUCUAGACUGCGAGGAACAUUAUUUGAAGAUGCGACUGCUACAGAGAGGUGCACAUACUGGACGAUUGGAUGAUAAUAUUGAUGCCGUUCACCGACGAAUUACGUUCUUUAAACAAAAUACACUUCCAGUUAUUAAACAUUACGAUGAUCAAGAGAAAGUUGUUGUGGUUGAUGGUGAUCGUGAUACAGAAGAAAUAGCUUACGAUCUAGCAAGAACAUUUGAUGUAUAUUUUUAUGGUCAAGGAAAUCUUCCAGUUGUUGUAACAAGAAAAAUAGCGACAGCUCCACCUAUGCCAAUAGAAAGGAGUCCGAGACCGGAACCAAAACCAAAACAUCAGGCACCAUUUAAAACAAAACCCAUUGGUAGUGAUGAACCAAAUAAAGAAGAGUUAGAUAAGAUGAUUCAAUCGCAGGCACAAAAUGUUAUUGAGCUCACAGUUAAAGACACUGGUCGUAAAGAAGGCCUACCACAAGCGCCCAUAGUCUUCAUAGCUGGCGGUCCUGGAAGUGGGAAGGGCACACAGUGCAAGAAACUACUAGAAAGAUAUCCAGAUUUUGUUCACCUGUCUAUGGGUGAUAUUCUCCGUACACAGAUUACUAAACACGGUACCGCAGAUGCUAAAUGGGAUAUGGUCAGCACACUGUUACAGAAAGGUGAAAUGGCUCCUAGAGAAAUGGCAAUAGAUCUGUUGAAGGAUGCUAUGAAUGAAAAUAAAGAUGCCAAAGUUUUUAUUGUAGAAGGUUAUCCCAGAGAUAAGAAACAGUUAGAAGAAUUUUUUCAACAUAUUGGUGGGUUAGGAUUCGCCAUUGUUUUAGAUUGUGAAGAGUAUUAUUUACAGAAGAGACUGGUUGAAAGAGGUGAAAAAACUGAACGUAUAGAUGACAAUUUAUCAGCUAUAUCCAAUAGAUUAACUUUCUUCAAAAAUAAUACCUUACCUGUAUUGAAAUAUUUUGACGAGGAUGGAAAAUUAGUUGUGAUAAAUGGUGAUAGAGAUAUAGAUGAAAUAUAUUUUGAUCUAUGUUCAGUUUUUGACAUGGCCUUUUAUGGUCAAGCACCACAAAAUGCAUUACUACCACAAGGUGAUUCAGGUACCGGAGCUUUAAAAGAUGCUAAAGUUGUCUUUGUUGUUGGUGGACCAGGAAGUGGUAAGGGUACACAGUGUGCUAAAAUAGUAGAAAAAUAUGGCUUCACUCAUCUUUCUACUGGUGACUUAUUACGAGAGGAAGUCGCCUCAGGUUCACAAAGAGGCAAGGAACUGACCGAAAUAAUGAAGAAAGGAGAUCUAGUGCCUUUGGAUACUGUGUUAGCCAUGUUGAAAGAUGCUAUGGUUGCUAAGGCAACUACAAGUAAAGGAUUUUUGAUAGAUGGUUAUCCUAGAGAAUUAGAACAAGGCAUUAGAUUUGAAAGGGAGGUUGUACCAGCUCAAUUUGUUUUAUGUUUUGACGUUUCGGAUAAAACAAUGACAGACAGACUUUUAGACAGAGCUAAGACGAGUGGCAGAGCAGACGACAAUGAAGAAACUAUCAAAAAGAGGCUCAAAACCUUCCAUGACAUCACACAACCAGUUAUUGAUUAUUUCCAAAAACAGAAUAAAGUUAGAAUGAUACCUGCUGAAACUACAGUGGAUGAAAUAUUUGGAGAAGUACAAAAAGUUUUUGAUGCUCUUGCACAACCAGGAAACAGUACCGAAUGCUUGAAGAAUACAAACAUCUUCUUUGUUGUUGGUGGGCCAGGAAGUGGUAAGGGUACACAGUGCGCUAAAAUCGUAGAAAAAUAUGGCUUCACUCAUCUUUCUACUGGUGACUUAUUACGAGAGGAGGUCGCCUCAGGUUCACAAAGAGGCCAAGAAUUAACAUCUAUCAUGGAAAGAGGAGCGUUAGUGCCCUUGGAUACUGUGUUAGCCAUGUUGAAAGAUGCUAUGGUUGCUAAGGCAGCUACAAGUAAAGGAUUUUUGAUUGAUGGUUAUCCUAGAGAAUUAGAACAAGGCAUUAGAUUUGAAAAAGAGGUAAGCCCAGCAAAGGUAAUGCUUAAUUUCCAUGUAUCAGAUGAAACCAUGACAGAGAGGUUAUUAUAUAGAGCGAAGACCAGUGGGAGAGCAGACGACAACGAAGAAACUAUCAAAAAGAGGCUCAAGACCUUCCAUGACAGCACACAACCAGUUAUUGAUCAUUUUGAAAAGGCUGGUAAAGUUAAAACGAUUAAAGCAGAAGGAAGCGUAGAUGAGAUAUUCAAACAAGUACAAAACGUCUUCAAGGACCUUAAUAUAGAGGAAUCUAAACUUUCCGAUGCCAAGGUUGUCUUUGUUGUUGGUGGACCUGGAAGCGGAAAAGGAACACAAUGUAGUAAAAUUGUGGAAAAAUAUGGUUUCUGCCAUUUGUCGUCUGGUGAUUUACUUCGAGCAGAAGUCAAUUCGGGCACAGCCAGGGGGAAACAACUCAAUGAAAUAAUGGAAAAAGGAGAUCUGGUAUCUCUGGAUGUAGUAUUACAGUUGUUAAGGGAAGCCAUGCUUGGUAAACUGUCAACAUCAAAAUGUUUUCUUAUUGAUGGAUAUCCUAGAGAAUUAGAACAAGGAAAAAGAUUUGAAAAUGAGAUAGUGGAAUGUACGAGCGUUUUAUAUUUUGAUGUAUCAGAUGAUACGAUGACGAAACGAUUAUUAGAACGGGGUAAAAGUAGUGGUAGGGUGGAUGAUAAUGAAGAAACAAUUAAAAAACGUUUACAGACUUUUCACAACCAGACGCAGCCCGUUAUAGAUCACUAUGCAAAACAAAAUAAAGUAACUGCGAUAAAAGCAGAAGGUGGCGUAAAUGAUAUCUUCGCAGAAGUUAAGAAAUUUAUGGACAGCAAAUCCUGGUAACCAUGUGGACAGUGUAAUGUUAGACUUAAAUAAAUAGUUAUGACAUCCCUAUACCUUUGGAAAACACUGCAGUAUUAUUUCAAAUAUGCAACAAGUUCUGUGGUAUGCAUGAGCUCAAACAGAAAGUGUUACAUGUUUGCAAUCUAUCUGAUUAAAAUACAGAUCUUUAUUUUGUUUCGUGUUUUUUUAUACUUUCAAUGGCCUCUGCUACAUGAAGAUCUGACCAGUUGUUGUCAGACAUUUGAUUAACCAAUCAGCGUUGAUGUUUCUAGUGGGUUACCCACAAUUCCGUGCAAGUCACGUCAAAAACUCGCCAUAAUAGACCGUUUCAUUGGCUAAACCCUCACAUCAUCCAGAAUGCGGGUUAUAUAACAACACUUCCUGAUACUCUAGUGUAGUAAAGACAUGUAAAAUGAAAUGAAAUAGGAUUUGUGUUUUAAUCAGAUUGGUUUACAAUAUUAGUAGUUUAUUAACUUUUCAAACCACAUUUUGUCAAAACUGUACUACUACUAGUUUAUGAAUAUAACUUGGAGAAAUGCUAAAAAUUAUAAAAAGUAUGGGUAGAGUUCGUUCGUUCGUUCGUUCCUGGAGUUUUACGGCCACUUCCACCAAGGGUGAGAUCAUAGACAAAUUUGUGGAAUAUCUCUCUUCCUUUAUAUACAGUUCUAUCAAAAUUUUUCCUGCCACUGCUAAAGACCCCUACGCGCAAGUGAAUUAUUGAAAUAAAAUUGAACCAUGUGUUAGUCCUGAAAUGACCUAGUUUGUGUCGACUGGACAUUAAACCCUGUUUCUUUAUCUCUCUCUAUCUGUAUUAAUACACACUGUUAAAAACAUUGGUGCAAUUAAGGGUGUUAAUAAUUCCUCUUUGUUAAUAAUCAUUUUAGGCUUUUCCUUUUCCCUUGUUACUAUUUAUAUUGAUAUUUGAUUGUCAGACACUUGACUGUAUAUUGCCAGAUCAUUACGUUACAGGGGCUUGAGCCCUAUUUAUAAUUAGGAAAAACCCAUUUCACUUGUUACUAUAUGUUGAUAUUUGUUUGUCAGACACUUGACUGUAUAUUUCCAGACCAUUAAAAGGAAAGGAAAAACCCAUCAUAAUUGAGCUUUGAAAUUAUGUACCUUUAAGAAGUACAAUUUGUCUAUUGUCUAGAGAUUCAUGUACCAAGUUGGUUGAUAUUCAUAGUCCCAUCAUCUCCUAUGCAUUCAUAGUGGAUUUCUUUUUCUAAAACUAUAUUUUGAAGGGUUGUCAACACACUUAGUUAAUUUCUCAAACAUUUUUUUUUAAAGUAUUUUCUGUUAUCUUCAUGCAUAAAUUCAAUAAAAAUUAUUUUUAAAAAGCUAACCAAUUUCUACCCUAGUGGGUUUUCUCUGGGUCCUCUGGUUUCCUCCCACUGCUGAAGAACCCUACGUCCUUAUGAGUUAUUGAAAUAAAAUUGAAUUAUAUGUUAGUCCCGAGUGGACGUUAAACUCUCUCUCUCUCUCUCUCUCUCUCUCUCUCUCUCCUGAAAAGUUAUUUAUAAAAUUAUUUAUUUUCACAUCUGUCAAUAUUAUAUUCUAUGCUAUUUUGCAACUUUUCACACAUAAUUUAAUGGUACCUACAUAUUAAAUUGUUUUAAAAUACAGAUGUGACAUCAUCCUUUGAUGCGACAGGGUACCAAUAUUUCAAAUAAUUGUACGGGCAAUGUGCCAAGUGUACAUUAUUUAUACUAGUUGAAAUAUUGGACCCACGUGACGUAUUUCAUUGAAAUACUGGAUAGUGUCUGUAUUUUAAUUUGUUUAAUCGUCUUGUGCAAGACAUUGCGUAAUAUAUAGAUAUAGCACUCGUACACCAUCAAUAUAUUACUUAAUGGCUAGCACUCAACCAUUAAACUACACAUAUGGUCUGGAAAAAUGUCAUAUGGACUUUUGUUGUUAUAAUUACCUAUGAUUGUGUAUAUGUUCUAAUAGAUGUACACUUUUAUCCAUGUUAUAAGUUAUUGUAUUUAUCAUGUUUUAUUUAUGAUUUUGUGUGUUUAGUAUAUAGCAGGAUUUAAUUCCAAGUAUUUUGUUAAAGUUAAAGGUCACCGGAAAAACUUCAUAAAUUUUUUAAAUAAUGCAAUGAAUUUUGUCAACAUAUCCUUUGCAUAAGUAUAACGCGAUCUUGAAUGUCAAUAUUACCUGCAACAGGUAAAUUUCAACAGUUAGAUUUCCGCCGUUCUCUGUGAGUAGUCGUAACUUUCCGCCAAUAAACAAUCCGUGACAUCAUUUUAGUCCAUCUGCUCAUAUACUAGUCUAUAUUUCUAUAAGCAGAAGUACUAAAGUGAUGUCACGGCUUCUCUAUUGGUGGAAAAUGACGACUACUCACAGAGAACGGCAGAAAUCCCUAACGUUGAAAUUUACCUGUGACAGGUAACACUGACAUUCAGGCGCGUGUUAUACUUAUGGAAAGGAUAUGUUGACAUAAUAACAUGCCUUAUUUUUAAAAAGUUAAUGAAGCUUUGUACGGCGACCUUUAAAACAAUUCUCUGUUUUCAACUAAUUGUCCGGUUGUACGUGGCAAGCAGUAGGGUCGCCUGUCCAACCUCGUGGGUUUUCUCCGGGGCCUCCGGUUUCCUCCCACAGCUAAAGAUCCCUACGCGCAAGCGAAUUAUUGAAAUAAAAUUAAACCAUAUGUUAGUCCCGAAAUGACCUAAUUUGUGUCGAGUUGGCGUUAAACCCUAUUUCUCUCUCUCUCCCUAGAUAUGAAGGGCAAAUUGUUUGAGCGGCAUUUAAUAAUUGGAUGAGAAUAAAAUAUGGAAUACAAGUUACUUAAAAGUUUAUUUCUGGCAACGUUUUGACUGGGGUACUCUCAUCUUUAUCAAGCAAGGAAUGAGAACCAUAGUACAAUGAAGAUACAAAUAUGAACAGUGACAUUAAUGUAGAACAUAAGAUAAUCAUUUAGGAACCAUCAAAGGGGGGAGAAGCCAUAAGGGUUGGGUAGUAAUAAAGAAUGUACAACGAAAACGUGAUAAUGGGGACAUUAGGUAAGGCAAAGAAACAUCGCCAGAAAUAAAUCUUUCAAGUAACUUGUAUUCCAUAUUAUUGUGUCAUGUGUUACAAACAAGGGCAGCUGUUGAGUCUCUGUCGUUUAUAAAAAAAAAAAAAGCUUUUAUAUAUAUAUUUUAUAUAAAUCAACUUUAUUCCUAUCAUUGGUAAUAUUUAUUUCACAAAAAUUAACUCAACUGUUAAUCACAUUUUAAAUAAAUAUUGAAUUCAGUGCACACUCUGUCAAAUAAUCACAUCUACAACCCAUAAAAUUAACAUUAUAAAAGUGAUCAAAAUGAUGGUAAACCGACCAAUUUUACGUAAAAUUAACAUUAGUAUGUUAUCUGGGUGUUUCCACCUUUACUUCCAAAAUGCUGAAUCUGUCUGUGUACAUUGUUAUAUUAUUCAAGAUGCAUGAUAGAGGGCCAGACUAGGGACAACGUAUAGUCAUUCAGAUGGGACAAAAACCGAAGGUCCUGUAUACACUUGGUGUGCAUGUAAAAGAUCCCUUGGCAGUUGGAAUUCAAUAUAAGAGUAGGCAGUAGUGCCGCUGUCAGGGCAAAAUUUCCCUCAUAGCCCAAUUUUAGCAUAUUCCCUUUACAUAAUCUAGUUUUUAACUAUUAUAGUGGGAACUACUAGCUCCUUAUCUAAUCUCCCAUAAUGUAUCUUUAAACCAUUAUUUUGCUCUUUUACAAUGGGAUGAGAUAAAUUCAUACUCUAUCCCUCAUGUGCCCUUAUGGCAUAAGACACAUUUCACUCUUAUCCCUCAUGUGCCCUUAUGACAUUGGAUAAGACAAAUUCAUACUAUCCCUCAUGUGCCCUUAUGACAUGGGAUAAGACAAAUUUUACACAAUAUUCUUCUUGAAACAACUAACAUACUCUACACUCAGCCCUGUACAGUGUGUAAUAUAAAAAUGGAUAUCUUCUAUUUAUUUGUAUUUAUUUUUAUUUAUUUACUAUUUAUGUAUAAGCUAAUGUGAUAUAAUACCCAUAUAUUGUGGUAUUUUUAAAAAUAUGAUUUUUAUGUUUCUGUUAUAUAAUGACAUUUGUUGUGCUGAUAUUUAAUAGGUCUUUCUGAGUAAUACACAAAUUCCCUUUACAUUAUCUAGAUUAUACAAACUACCAGCUCUUUAUCUAAUCUCCCAUAAUAUAUCUUUAAUAGAUCUUGCUGAGUAAUACACAAAUUCCCUUUACGUUAUCUAGGUUUAACUAUUAUAUUAUAGGUCUUCUCCGGGUCCUCUGGUUUCCUCCAACUGCUAAAGACCCCUACAUGCAAGCGAUUGAUUGAAAUGAAAUUGAACCAUCUGUUAGUCCAGAAAUGAUGUAGUUUGUUUCGAGUGGACUUUAAUUUCUCUCUCUCUCUCUCUCUUUCUCUCACCUAAAUGGACCCUAUGAAUUGGUGAUUAGUUGUAAUAGGAAUAAAGAACAUCCAAAUAAAAGAAUUUCUUUAAUUUUUUUUAAAUUUCUGAAAGUAGAUUUGAAAUAUUACUGGAUUUCAGUUAAUUUCAGUAAUGUUCUAUACUGACUCUGACCAUGGACCUUAUAAGGUCCAUGCUCUGACCUAAUUGUUUACCAAAGGAAAUAUAAACUUGAUGGAUUGUUUAUUAUUCAUAUUUUAGCUCUUGUUGUUAAAUGUUAUUUUUAUUCAACAAACCUUGUAAUAAAUCUUUACUAAAAAUA